AUGCCAAGUUCAAGUUCUAACAGCAUACAGGUGGUGAAAGCCAGAGUAUCCACUCACAAUGGGGUACCAGCUGUUAUCUUUAAAGCCAAAGAAUUUUAUGGUGCUAUGACACAUCACUGCAGACUGACUCUUGUUGGUAAGUUUCUCAAAAGUAGACAUACUAUUGAAAAGAUUAGAAGUGCUUUUGCUGAGAAAAUUUCAACCAAAAGGACUGUUAAUAUUGGGGCUUUUGAUUUCAGAACUGUUUUCAUGGAUUUUAAAUGUGAACAAGACUAUAAAAAUGUAUUUUUUAGAAGAAUGGUUGAGAUUGAUGAACAACAAAUGUGGCUUGAGCAAUGGACUCCGGAUUUUAAAUCGGAUGAAGAUGCUCCUUUUGCACCAGUUUGGGUAUUACUUCCUGGUCUUCCAUUGAAUUGUCAUUACUGGGAUUAUAUUAAACAGAUCUUAUCCCCAGUAGGAGUCCCACAAAUGCUGGAUAAUGCUACCAUAGCUAAGAACAGACCAAGUUUAGCCAAGGCUCGAGUGAUAAUUGACUUAACUAAGCCGCGAGUGGAAAAAAUUUGGAUUGGGCUAGAAGAUGAAGAUACUCCACUUAGAGGCUUCUACCAAAAGCUUGAUUAUGAGCAAGUCCCUAAAUAUUGCAAACACUAUAAAAGAAUAGGACAUUCUCUUGAGGUAUGCAGGUGGGCAGAAAAGAAGAAGCAAGCGCAACAAAACAAGAAGAAUCAGAAGAUGGAGGAAAAAGAGCUGAGCAAAAACAAAGGGAAUGAAAGAUCUGAGGCACCUGGGGUGAAUCCUAAAAAUGCAAAAGAGAAAGACAACAACGAGAAGGCCUCCAAAAAUGCUAAGAAUGAUCAGUCGAAACAACUAAAAGGUAAUGAUAACAACAAAAAUAAUAAGAAGGAUGAGAUAGCUAUGGAAGAUCAAAGUAAUCCUCAAGUUAAUCAGAAUAACCAACAGACGACUAGAGAGGAAGCAAGCAUCACUGAGAAAAGUGAUGAUCAAGUCUCUAGAGAGAAUGUUAAUAACAACAAAGAUAAAGAACCCCCCAAGAUCCCACAAGUGACACAUGGUGAGAAAAUUGAAAGGGAGGAAGAACAGAGAGUAAAGCUAAUGCUAACAAGGAACCUAUAA